UAGGUGUAUUCAGUAUUCUACUUGACAUCACUGUACAAAUUAUAACCAUAAUAUUUUUCUAUCCUACAUUCUUUGAAUAACUUUCUACUUUUUAACUGUAUUCUACAACGUAACUUAAGUGGUAUUAUGAAAGGCAGUAAUUCAGAUGAAUUCAGAUAAUACACAUAAAAUGACUAUGAAUCCACGUGAGCAGAUUUCGAAUAAGGAUAGGAAGGAUGCAACAGAUUCGAAUUGGUGGCUAGUUUUUGGAAUUAUUGUCGUAUUGACAGCAGCGACGAGAUUCUACAAAGUUACAGAGCCUCAACAUGUGUGUUGGGACGAAACGCAUUUUGGAAAAAUGGGAAGCUGGUACAUAAACAGGACGUUCUUCUUUGAUGUCCAUCCACCACUUGGAAAAAUGUUGAUAGCAUUGUCUGGGUAUUUGACUGGUUAUGAUGGAAAAUUUGCUUUCGAGAAACCAGGGGAUAGGUUUGAGAACGUUGAAUACCUUGGUAUGAGAAUUUUUUGUACAUUUUUGGGUGCAACCAUUGUUCCUUUGUCAUACCUCAUUGUGUGGGACUUGACAAAAUCUAUUCAGGCAUCGGUACUUUCUGCGUUAUUUAUUUUAUUUGAUGUAGGACUGUUGACAUUAAAUCAGUAUAUCUUGCUAGAUCCUAUACUUCUAUGUUUUAUGAUGUGUGCAACUUGGGGAAUGGCUCGUGUGGGUUCCCUCUGCAACGAACCCUUCACAUGGAAAUGGUGGAGUUGGUUAUCAUUUGCAGGAGUUUCACUUGCAUGCACGAUCAGUGUAAAAUUUGUUGGGCUGUUUGUUGUUCUCCUUGUUGGGCUUUACACUGCUUUCGAAUUAUGGAGAGAAUUAGGAGAUCUUACCAAACCUAUUACAUGUGUAGGCAAACACUUAGCAGCGCGAUGUAUUUGUCUCAUAUUAUUACCGAUGCUACUAUAUAUGUUAUUCUUUUACAUUCAUCUUUCUGUUUUAAACAAAAGUGGAAGCGGGGAUGGCUUUUACAGCUCUGAAUUUCAAUCUUUAUUAAAAGGAAACUCUUUAUACAAUGCAACGAUGCCGCGCCAGUUAGCCUAUGGAGCUAAAAUCACCUUGAAAAAUCAUCGUACCGGUGGAGGAUAUUUACAUUCUCACUGGCAUCUUUAUCCAGAAGGCAUUGGAGCUAGACAACAACAAAUCACGACUUACUCCCAUAAAGAUGAUAAUAAUCUAUGGUUAGUAAAGAAAUCAGACAUCGAUGACAUUCCAUCCGAGCCACAAUUAGUUAGGCAUGGUGACCUCAUACGAUUGGAACAUGUUGUUACGCAUAGAAAUUUACAUUCGCACAAGGAGUUCGCGCCUAUCUCCAAGAAACAUUAUCAAGUUACCGGAUACGGCGAGAGCGGUACUGGCGAUGCUAACGAUAUAUGGCAAGUUUUAAUUGUAAACGGCAAAGACGGCGAUGUAAUUGAAACAGUAACAAGUAAAUUAAAGUUCGUACACUACCUACAUCACUGCGUUUUAACGUGUAGCGGAAAAACGUUGCCAAAAUGGGCAUACAGCCAACAAGAAGUUUCUUGUAACCCAAACAUGAGGGAUAAGAAUGCAUUGUGGAAUAUCGAAGACAACAACUAUGCGAAGUUACCAAACAUCAGUUUCCAAGUCUACGCGCCAAGAUUUUUAGAUAGAUUCUUGGAGUCGCACGCUGUCAUGUUGCAAGGAAACGCAGAUUUAAAAGUGAAGGAAGGAGAAGUAUCGUCGCGACCCUGGCAAUGGCCUAUUAAUUACAGAGGGCAAUUCUUUUCCGGUAACAAUUUGAGGAUUUACUUACUUGGCAACCCGAUUAUAUGGUGGGGCAAUAUCGCGUUUUUGAUCAUUUUCAUCGUGCUGUACAUUUAUGCAUGUGUACGACAGCAACGUGGUUGCGUCGAUCGUCCGGAUGUACUCGAACAAAGAAACAAACUAGUAAAUGCGGGCAAAUGGCUGUUUAUCGGUUGGAUAUUGCAUUAUCUACCGUUCUGGACAAUGAGCAGAGUAUUAUAUUUCCAUCAUUAUUUUCCGGCUUUGUUGUACAAUUCAAUGUUGACUGGGAUAACUCUGAACUAUAUUCUGGAAAUUGUCCUCAUUUUAUUUGCAAACAGAAUCGGAUACGUGAUCUAUCACACAAUACUGACCGUUAUUAUUUCAAGUACUGUAUACAGUUUCUACUUGUUUUCUCCGUUGGCGUACGGUAUGGUUGGUCCCUCCGCGCAGGAUCCUGAAAGUUCGCUACAUAGUUUGAGGUGGCUGGAUACUUGGGAAUUUUAAGAAAGAUUUCCGUUAUUUAGGAGAUAAUUAUUUACAAGUUCAUUAAGGAGACAAUCUUCACAUAUCACGUUAUUAAUCAUAAAAGUUUAUGAAAAGAUGCAACGAGGGGAAAAAGUUUCCAACACUUAAGAAACAUAUAAGACUUAAUUAUAGACGAACAAACUUUUUAUAUAUUUAUACAAAUAAUAUAAAUUAUUUACAAGA